CAACCUUCGGUGACCAUGGGCCACCAGGCUGCAGAAGUGCCAGACCCACUGGUCUGCGCAGCGGCAUCUUUGAAUGAAGGGGUGCUCGAGUCCACCGCUAUGGACGAAAGCGACAGUGGUUCGUCAACCACAGCAAGGAUGGGACUUGCAUUGGAGGCGACUGCAUCAGGCAGUGCUGUUUCGCCUGCUGCAGCACACACAGGGCCACCUCAAGCAGAUGAGCUCUUUUGUGUUGUCAAUGGACAGGUACUGGUUGGUGAAAGCCUCCACAUGCCUGAAAAUAAGUGGCAAUACAUAAUGAAGUCCAGAGGAGAUGCAAAAUGCGUGCUGGAUGUAGCCAGGCAUCUGUGGGCCCCAGCAGAAGCUGGCGAAAGAAGCCUGACUGGGCAAGCUUGCCGGACGAUGUCCGAAUCAUCCGGCAAGCUGGCGGCAACACCAGCGAAAGUGGAUGCUGUGAAGAACUGCCUGGAGAAGUAUGUGGCCAUGCAUCCUUCGGGGCCAGCAGCACCACCUGCGGAACACCGUGUUGCAGCUGUGCGAAAACACCUGCGAAGCUUUUUUACUGAAGCUGCCCGACAGGGAAAGAGAGUCCGUCAGCCGAAAAGAGCAGAGGCCUCCCUGCCAGAUGGCCAAUAAAAAUGUUUGUCACAUAUAACAGUAUACAUAUUUAUUCCAUACGGCAGAUGAACACGUAGCUGCAUACUUAGUCACAUGUAGAUACAGGCUGCACACUUCGCACGACUGAAGACUGCAUGAAUAUAGACUAUCAUAAGCUUUUCAAGUGCACUUGCUGCUCAUUCAAUGCAUUGCAUACCUUGCUCUUGACCCGCUGUGCCCAUCAGUCACCCAGCACGCCACCCGGCACCCAGCACGCCACCCGGCACCGAGCACGCCACCCGGCACCCAGCACGCCACCCGGCACCCAGCAUCGCCACUCGGCAUCCAGCAUCGCCACCCGGCACCCAGCACGCCACCCGUCACCCAGCAUCGCCCAGCAUGCUACCCGGCACCCAGCAUCACCCAGCAUGCUACCCGGCACCCAGCAUGCCACCCGGCAUCCAGCAUGCCACCCGGCAUCCAGCAUCACCCAGCACGGCACCCAGCAUGCUACCCGGCACCCACCAUGCCCAACACCCAGCAUACCCACUACCAUAAUCCACCAUUAUGAUGGAUGAUGGAUUCCGUUAUGCCCAGCAUCGGGCAAAUUUUCAAUAGGGGAGUUAGCGCAUGGUCUUGAAAAUUGCACGGCUUUGUCGGUACUGGAUUUGAUGCUUAUUACAGCGAUUCCUACGUCCGUCCGUCCAUCCGUUUGUCGGUGGCCUGUACGCCGAAAGCUCCUCCGGCGCAGCCCCAUGCGCCUACGCAAAAAAAAAAAAAAAAUAACAAGAUAGAGAAAGAGGGGUGCGCUUAGCUAACACCACCUAAAUAGCACAAGGCCUGUUCACUCUGAUCCAUGAGGUCACGCUACCUGGCUCGAAAUAUCAAUUGAGAAGGCUGGCGUGAUGAAACGGCGGCGUCAAAAUUACUGCUGCCUACUCGGAAGCAACCCCAUUAGAUUCUUUGGCAGUCAGGCCAGGUAACAGGACGUCAUGGAUGGGAGUGAAAAGACCUUGUGCUAUCUAGGUGCUGUUGGAUUAGCUGCGCCAGUAGUGACGUCGCUGCUCACCGUCGCAGCCGAGAGCGUGUGCAGGAGUUUCUGGCUCCGAAAUGGGUAGGCCAUGCGUAAUACGUGCUCAUGAGGAUGAGGCAGCUUUCGAUCAGCAACGCCGUGAGUGGAACCGGGAACGAGCUCGUCUACGCCGUGCCGAUGCUGCAGCCCGCGGGCACCAGAACAGGCUUGUGCAGCCGAGCGCAAGCAGCAACUGCGUACGGAGGGACCGGCCGCCGACCAAGCCGUCGUUUAAUGAACCGUCGGGAUUAACCAAGUGAUAAACACCGGAGCUGCAUGUUUCAGCUUUGCUGGUUAACCACCAUGUAUGAAGUGCUUUGGUGGUGAUUUUGUUCGCACGGUAAGUGAAGCUUCACGGAAACAAAGUUAUACAGUGCCGACCAGUACGCCGGGGUACGUGCAGCAAGCCCGUUGACCGUAUCCACUACGUGCGACCAUCAGCCGUCUGAUGUGCGCGCACACGUAUGUUUCUUCAACAGCUGCACAAAACACGGACUCUGCUUAGAGAAGACGAGCCCCGAAAGAACAGCGUUGAACUGGCAGCUAACAAUUAGUGGAAGCACAUGAAUAAUCUGUUUUGUUGCUGUGCGAAGAAAACGGAGACAACACACGUGAUACAAACUGCACAUGUGCUGUGUACUUCUUUGGUUGUUCCCUUUUUUUCUGACAAAGUAAGAAGAUGACUUCGUACAAGUUCGCCCGACUUUCAAUCCGUUUAGCAUAUGAAGAAUAUAUAUGCACAACUCGUUAAAAUCGCGGAUACGUGAACGUACAUGACGGGAACACAGGAAAAAUGAAAAGAAAAUGAAAUAGGCGAGCUGACGAAACCAAGCUCUUUCAAACUUUCAAACUUUAUUUCGCAUUUUCCUUUGCACAGAAAAAGAAAAUGCAAGGGCAGGAACAAAAAGCUGCACAAUCGCAGCUUGACGAGGUUCCUGUCCCCUGUCUUUGACAAACAGUUGCAGAAUAUUCACAAAGAAAAUCAGUUACAUAUGUGCAAAAACAAUUUCAUAUUAUACAGAUAUGAUAUUCACAGCAGAACAUUUAUGACAUCUGUAUACAUAUAUUCGCAUGCGCAUCUACACCAACCCAGCAUCUAUACAUAUUUGCGUCUGUACAUGUAGGCAUACAUCUGUAUACAGAAAAAAGUGGAGGAAAAAAAAUCAUGCACAAAUGACAAGGAACACCUGUACAGAAACGCUUUAAAAUACCAAAAAGUCAACUCAAUGUAACGGCAAUGUUCAGCGGAACAAAAAAAAUAAAAAAAUAAAAAAAUGCGGAACGAUGGAAAAGCGAGGUGUGGAACCAUGCUAAAAAAUAAAAUGAAUAAAAAAAGAAAAA